AUGCCCUCUCCGCUCCCAUUAUACAAGGUAUGGCACAUAGAAUCUGAUAACCGCAGGGCAUCGGUGGUCAACGACCCUUGGCUGUACGGGACCGACAGUCCCGAUGUAACCCGCUGUCUCUACCAGUGCUACAUGUACGCUGUCCUCAAUGAUGAUCCGGAAGCGAACCACUACUCUCUCCCCAUGGCGUUUGCGCCCAUCUUCGACGCUCAUACCGCCGAGCUGGUAGAGAUCGAAAGGCUGCCACGAGGAGCGGGGGCGGAGCUCGAUCAGGAGACGGUUCCCUGGGACGCCGUGGAACCAGUCGAGUACGGCGAGCGCCUCUUAGGCAAGCCCUAUUUCCGCCAGGACCUAAAGCCGCUCCAUACGGUGCGCGAGGGACCCGUGCUCCACAACGUCUUCUACGACGGCCGGUUGCUCUUCCAUCGAGUCUCCAUGAGCGAGAUGACCGCCCCGUACGGAGACCCGCGGGCCCCGUACCGUCGCAAGCAGGCGUUCGACCUGGGCGACACGGGCUUCGGCCUGACCUCCAACACCCUGGCCCUGGGCUGCGACUGUCUCGGCCAAAUCGCCUAUUUCGACGGGAUCCGCACGACGGGGACCGGCGAGCCCGUCGAGAUGAAGAACGUGAUCUGCAUGCACGAGGUGGACGAGGGGAUUGGCUGGAAGCACACCAACAUGCGCAACCGCACCCUCGUCAUCCAGUGCACGGCCACCGUGAUGAACUACGAGUACAUUCUCGCCUUCGUGCUGGACCAGGCCGCCAACCUCCAUGUGGAGGUCAAAGCCACGGGCAUCAUGUCCACCAUGCCCAUUGCCCGCCACACCUCUUCGCCCUGGGGCACCGUCGUGGCCCCCGGCGUGCUGGCCGUCAACCAUCAACAUCUGCUCAACCUCCGGAUUGAUCCCGCUCUCGACGGCACCGGCAACACGGUCGUCUACAACGACGUUCUCCCCGUCCGCGACGACCCCACCCUCGACGACCCGCAAGGCUGCGCGUUCCGCAGGACCACCACCGCCAUCUCGCAGCCCGGAGGCUACGAGCUCAAUCUCGCCGCCUCCCGAACGUACCGCAUCAUCAACCCCAACCGGACGAACGCCAUCUCCGGAGAACCAGUGGGGUACCGGCUGCACGCGUCCCCGAGCCAGAUGCUCAUCAUGGGGCCGGAGACCUUCAACUCCCGCCGGGGACGGUUCACCACCAAGCCGAUCUGGGACACGGACUACCGCGACGAAGAGCUCUACGCGGCCGGGGAGUUCACCAACUAG